AUGAAGAUCCCACAGAUUGUUGCAUUUGCUGCUGCUGCCACCGCAGUCAGUAUUCCUCGCUCUGGGAGCUCAAUUUCUCCAGUCACAAACGUAACUAUCUUUACACCUCCCUCCGACUACAACAUCCCACGUACACUCUAUCCCCGCAAUGAGCAGCUUCCCAAUGGUGAUCUCCUUGCAACAUGGGAGAACUACUCCCCAGAACCGCCUCUAGUCUACUUCCCCGUCUACCGCUCCAAGGAUCACGGAAAGACAUGGAAGGAGCUUUCCAAGGUUCAAGAUACUGCCAAUGGAUUUGGUCUCCGUUAUCAGCCGUUCCUGUAUUACCUUCCCGAGAGAGUCGGUUCAUUCAAGAAGGGUACCCUGCUGCUAGCGGGUAGUAGUAUUCCGACAGAUCUCUCGUCUACCAACAUUGACUUGUAUGCAUCCAACGAUGAUGGCGCGACAUGGAAGUUUGUUAGCCAUAUUGCAGCUGGAGGAGAGGCUGUACCGGACAAUGGAUUGACCCCUGUUUGGGAGCCAUACCUCCUUGCGCAAAAGGGAAAGUUGAUCUGCUAUUACUCCGAUCAGCGAGACAACGCCACCUACGGACAGAAAUUGGUUCAUCAGACCUCUUCCGAUUUGAAAACUUGGGGCCCUGUCAUUGACGAUGUCGCAGAGCCCACUUAUACUGACCGACCCGGAAUGCCGAUAGUGACCAAGCUUCCGAACGGCAAAUACUUCUACAUCUACGAAUACGGCUCUUUCUUCGGCACUUCAAGCUACUCUUUCCCUCUUUACUACAAGAUCGCCUCCGACCCCGAAGACUUCUCCUCAGUCGGGGGUCAGCGUCUUGUCGUCUCCAGUGGCACUAAGCCGACAUCUUCGCCAUACAUUGUCUGGACCAAAUACGGGGGCAAGAACGGCACCCUGAUUGCCAGCUCUGGUACUCAGAGCACUAUCUUCAUUAACAAGGCUCUUGGCGAGGGUGAAUGGACUGAGCUCGCGACACCUGAGGAGCAUGGCUACACCAGAUCUUUGCGUGUGCUUGAAGAGGACGGUGGUCGCUACUUGAUGAUUCAUUCCGCAGGUGUCUUGGGAGGCACUGCUAACCGGGUAUCGGAGAGUAUUAUCGAUCUGAAGAAGUUGCUCUAA